GCGGCUCGUGCCAGCUGCAUCAGCUCCAGUCGAGUUCUCAUGUGGGGAAUAACACGCUUUUAAACGUGGAGACGGAUCACACUGUAAGGGUUCCAGGUACAGACGGAAAAGGACAUGACCCUUGUCUGUUAAACUCUGAAGUGCCCCGGUGCCAGCUCUACAGGUCAACCCAAGCGGAACGGCGCAGGACAAAAGCGGACCGACCCAGAGACCUGAGACAGAUAUCAAAAAGCAAACAGUCAAGCUCAUUAGCUCAAGACAAGCCAAGGUGAAAGGUUCUUUCAACGUAUAAAGGGGUUGAAACGACAAAAAGGAAAGACGUAUUCAGAGCGAAUGCUGACUGCUAUUUAUGCCGCUCUGUGGUGAAGAGAACGUCUUAUUUAGGAUUGGGCGGAAAGGAUUUCUCUAGAUAGAAAUGUGUGUGUAAAUACAGCAUGAAGAUAUUGGAUCGUCUCCUGCAAAACUGCCCAACAAAGUGACUAAUUAUAGCAAAGCCCAGCUGCCAACUGUUACUUAAACCUCCCAGACUGAUAACUCAAUUUUGGAAUGACACGAUCCUAAAAAUGGAUCCCAAAAAUUCCCAGUGAUUUAGAAACAUCAUCAUAAAGUAACUGAUUGGUUUCCGUUACGAUUCCUGUACUUCCGGAUAGGACAAAGCAGCCGUUUUGUCUUUUCUUAUUGGAUGUGUUCUUCCAAAACGUCAAAAUGAAACCCUUAACCCCCAUUGGUUCGCCCUCUCCCCUGCGGCUCCUAAACAAGGGUCCGGAUUACCUGCGCCGGCAGAUGGAUUCCGGAAGCAGGGGUCGUUCCAUCAGCGCUGUUGAACGUCUAGAAGCAGACAAAGCAAAAUACGUCAAGAGUCAACAGGUAAUCAAUACCAAACAAGAGCCUGUUUUAGUCCCCUGUGCCACCCCUCCACCGAUACCCCGUCGCAACUUCACAACAUCUACCCCCUCGACGCCUGUCCUCCCCGCACGCAGACAAACAAUCCCGUCCUCUUCCUCGCAGCUCUCAGGUGAUGACAAUGAGGGCGACUCAAGAAAAGAGAACUUUCAGAGCGAGGUGGAAACAAGCAACCGAAACAAUGCAAACAAGCCCCCCGCACCUUCUCUGAGAACCCCAAACACUAAACCAUUAGUCGCCCCGCACAGCGCUCCCAUGAUGCGCAGGAGCACCGGCAAGCGCAUGCUGCGCCCGGACUCGCUGGUCAUUUACAGACAGAAGAAAGAAUGCAAGAGUCCGGACAACCCCGGUGGAAACGUCAAUGCGGAGGCCAGGGGCUACAGCUUCGUCCGGAGGCUCUUCCAGGGAUCCAUGCGUGAGAAACACAGCACGAGCGAAGCGGCUCACAAAAUGGUGAUCAGUGAAGAGAAGGCCUCUUCGUCUCGGGACGGGGACUCACGGAUGUCCUGGUCCAAUGACAGAGACACAGUCGAUGGAGGAAAUGAGACGAUGAGAUCGAGCAGAUCCGAGCGGGAUCCCUCGAUGCCGCGCCCUGAAAACGACAACUCUGGCUUUCUAGAAAAACAAUCGAAGAACAGCAUGCUUAACACUUUACGAAACAGCAUGGGUCACUGUAACAAUAAUGACAUGGACCCGUGGAAACCGGUCGUUCCACGAAUGAGGUCGGAUUUAAAACGUUCAAAGUCGGACUUGCUUCUGCGCUUUUCACUGGCCGUGUCCGAGCAGGAGCGCUUCUUUGAUUUCUGCGGACUGGACCUGGAUAUGGUGGAGAGACUCGGACCGGAUAACUUUUUAACAGCCGCCAGUUCGAUCGACACACUCUCGUUGCUCCUGAGGAGCGUGGGAGGAGGCUCGGAACCCAGCGAGUUUUCUCGCCACUCAGGGGACGGACUUUUUCAGGAUGAGCUCGCCGAACAGAUCCCCACUGGUGUGUCUAUUAUUGAGAGAAACGCACGUGUUAUUAAGUGGCUAUACGGGUGUAAGAACGCAGCACAGGAGGGCCCUAAAGAGUCAACGGUUUGAUCAACAACAACUAAAAACAAGACUUUUAUUCUUCAGAGUUGUCUUGAAUAACAUUCUGACACUGAAGAAAAUGAUCACUGCAGAUUAUACUGUAUUUAUUUUAUGAACAAUUUGUAUUUAAGAGAUUUCUUUAGCAUUCGCAACCAGUACCUUCUUAUGAAGAUGCUAUAUUCACAAUGUGGUAUUACAAGUGAUAUUACUUCCUGUUCUUCUUAAAUAAGGUCCGUCCUGUUACAGAAACAAGAGUUAUUUGUUUAACAUAACUUCACGAACAUCUUGUAAUUUCAAAAAGAAACCACUAAGCUUUUCACUGGGUCUGGGAGACUAACGCAUGAGCCCUAAAUGAACCAUGUGUACCUCAAUUCCCAACUGUCCCCGUUUGGUUUGUGUGUUGCCUUUUCUUCCUUAAACGCAGGCGUUGGAACAAACACACAGACCCCCUCGCGGGGAUAUUAAUGCACUGAACUGGAGAGAAAGAGUGAGAGUGUGUGAGAGAGAGAGAGAGCGAGAGAGCUAUAUGUACUGAUCAAAUAACUUAUUUUUAACAUCAAGUGUAUGUUGGGUGUUAACAGCAACCUGAUUCAUUAAGAGUGCCAAAGAAAUGAGCACACAUACUCUGUUCCAAACCCUGUUUGUUGUCUACAUAGGCAGCUGCCUUCUAAGUCAGCAUCACAAUUUUACAUUUAGUCAUUUAACAGACACUUUUAUCCAAAGCAACUUAGUAAUGAGGUAAACCAAGUAUUAAAGAACUAAUAACAUAUCAGUCAUAAUUUAUAAGUAACUGAAUUAAAUUGCGUUUAAACAUUACUAUAGCAUACAUUGAAGUAUACUAUAGUACUUACUUUAGUAGAUCAAUUUACCAGUUUAUACUAUAGUAUACAAUAACAAAGUAUAGCAGUUACUAUUCUUUUACUAAAGUAUACCACAAUUUACUAUAGUAAAUACAGUGUACUACAGGAUUUCAUUUAGAUUGACACAGCACACAUCAAACUUGGCUUAAUAUAAUACAUUAUUUAGAGAUGCACGGAUAAAUCAGCCAAUAAUCGGUUAUCGGACGACAGUUUAAAAACAGCUGAAUACAACCAAUAUAUCCUUUCAAUCAAAAGCGGACAGGAAAAUGCAAUGAAUUUGUGCUUUGUAUAGGAAAAUUGAAAUCACCAGUUGGAUGUUCAAUGAAGUAAUAACAUUCAAAAAGUAAAGAAAUAUUCAUUAAAGAAUCGGUAUCGGCAGAUAUCACUCUAAAUAAUUGUCUAUCAGUAUCGGUUGAGAAAUGUAAUAUCGUUGCUUCCUUGAUAUUAUUAUUAUAUUUUGUAUUAUUUAAAUAUUUGACUAAUGUAAAAUGCUAAAAAUAUCGUCCAAGUAGACAGUUCUCUAGGGUUUGGCACACAAUCACUUUAUCCUUCUAAAAACUACCAAAACAAAACCCUAAACUCCAUUCCCAUGUUAUUGCACACAUAGGCAUUGCUUUGACUACUCUGAUAAAAAUGCUUUUUCUCCACAUUCAUCUAAAGGAAAAUAAUAUAAUUGACAUUCUUCUGUGAACACUUGAGGAUCAUGGUUUUGUGUUACGCCCAACAUUUAUCAAACUGGAGAAAGGCCAAAGAAGAGAACUGAUGGGGUCACACACUCCUGAUGCAGGACAUGGUGAUCUGUUCUCAAACUAAAGGAGACGUCUGACUCCCAUCUAAACACAUUCACCAGACACUGAUUCUUCUUUAAAUCCCCCGACAUUCAUCCGUCUCUAUCACACCACUGAUAAAUGGAUUAGAGGUCCUCGCCGGCGUGCUCGGGUCAAACUGCGGCCCGCAAACAAACAUGUGGAACUGUGAUGCGUAAUACAAAUCUUUCCAGUCCACAUUUCCAAAUUGUUUUGUGGCUUACCUCCAACAGUCAAGCAGCACCUGAGAUCUCUCUCCUGCAUGUUUACAGAGCAGUUGUGUGUUUGUAUAUGUUUCUACAAAAAAGACAUGUAGAUUUGAAUCCAAAGAGAUGUUUCACAGGUAAAGUAAAAUAAAGUAUAUUUCUGAA